AGCACGUUAGACAUGAUAAAGAGCGAGAAGCUGGGCAUUUUCUCUCUCAACACCUGGGUGGUACACCACUUCCGGCACCUCGUGGCUCAAGUCAACGCUUUGGAGCCAGCGAUGCAGGCACUUUCUGAUAAGCAGUUGCGGCGCAAGACACGCGAGUUCAAGAAGCGGUUGAAGCAGGGAGAGACGCUGGAUGACAUACAGGCAGAGGCCUUUGCUGUGGUGCGAGAGGCGGCUCAGCGCACCCUCAGCAUGCGCCACUUUGAUGUGCAGGUCGUGGGAGGGGCAGUGCUGCAUGCAGGGGCGAUAGCCGAGAUGAAGACAGGAGAGGGGAAGACGCUUGUGUCCACGCUCGCAGCUUACCUUAACGCCCUCGUGGGCAAAGGCGUGCAUGUGGUAACGGUCAAUGACUAUCUAGCAAGGAGGGAUGCGGAGUGGAUGGGCAGGGUGCACGGCUUUCUGGGGCUGUCAGUGGGGGUCAUUCAGCCUGGUCAGACAAAGGAGGAGAGACAGCUAGCUUAUGCUUGCGACAUUACUUAUGGCAGCAACAACGAGAUUGGGUUCGACUACCUGCGAGACCAUCUGGUUCAGGACCCGAGCGAGCGCACGCUGAGGUGGCCAGAUGCACUGCACUACUCCAUCGUGGACGAGAUAGACUCUGUGCUCAUUGACGAAGGCAGGAACCCUCUGCUCAUCAGCAACAUGUCCUCCUCGUACGUCAUGCGCUUCCCUGUGGCUGCUCAAGUGGCGGAGAUCCUCAGAAGGGAUAUUGACUACACGGCAGACCUGAAGCUGCGCACGGUGCAGCUCACCGACUCGGGGGUGGCGAUUGUGGCAGAGAGCUUGAGAAGCGAGGAUGCUGCAGCAGAGGGGGACGGAGAGGGGGAAGGGGUGGAACUGGGGGAAGGAGGGAAUGGGAAUGGCGCAGAUUCAGAUGAUAUCUUUGAGAGCAGCAACUCAUUUGCGCAGUUCGUGCUGACGGCCCUCAAAGCAAAAGAGUUCUACCUGAGGGAUCGGGACUACAUUGUGAAAGACGGCCAAGUGAUUAUCGUGGACGAGUUCACGGGGAGAACAGCAGACAUGCGGCGGUGGAGCGACGGCAUUCACCAGGCUGUUGAGGCGAAAGAGGGUGUGGAAAUUAAGCCCGUGUCAGAAACAGUUGCCCAGGUGACCUACCAGUCGCUCUUCCGCCUCUACAGCAAGGUGUCUGGGAUGACAGGCACCGCCAAGACUGAGGAGGAGGAGUUCAAGCGCAUAUUCGGCAUGCCAGUGGUCGUCAUCCCCACCAACCGCCCCAACAUCAGAAAGGACCUUGACGUUGUAGUUUUCCUGCAAGCGCGCAACAAGGUGCAUCAUGUCAUUCAGGAGAUUGUCAAAAUGAACCAACUCGGCCGUCCUGUGCUUGUUGGGACAUCCAGUGUGGACGAGUCAGAGCGCCUCUACGCCAUGCUGCAGGUGGAGCAUCCUCGUCGGUUUGCCCACAUUCAAGUUCUUAACGCUCGGCCCGAAAAUGCAGCGCGUGAGGCAGAGAUCGUAGCGCAGGCGGGGCGGUUUGGAGGCAUCACCAUCUCCACCAACAUGGCUGGCCGUGGCACUGACAUUGUGCUGGGCGGCAAUCCCGAGCUCCUGAGCAAGGAGGUGGUGAAGUGGGCACUGUUUGAAGCGCCAGCAGCCACAGCGGGGAACUACUCGGCUUUCAAGAAAGGCCCACAUGCGAGGCAGGGGUUCUGGCCUAUUAAACUCCAAGAGGAUACCUUAAAGGAGCUCUACGCUGCCCAGUUCUCAUGGCGCAGCGUGGCAGCGGACUGGUCGGAGGCGCAGCAGCAGGCUGUGCUAGAGCAGGCAGAGACACAGGCUUUAAGGCCGUCAGCCACUCCCGGGGCUGGCGAGGGCAAGGAGGAGGGUUGGGAAUGGGGGGAACGCAGGGAGGAGGCGGGCGCAGGGAUGUGGGGAGGAGAUGCUGCAGAAGACACCGGAAUGAGCCCUCUACCCUGGCGGACCGGUGAAAUCGACAGCACCACCAGCAGCAGUAUCAGCAACGGUAGUGGUAUCAGCAGCCGGAGUGGUGGCUUCAGCAGCAGCAGCAGCAGCAGCGGGGAGGGGGAGGGGGACGAGAGCGAUGAGGACGAUGCAGAAGUGUGGGGGGGAGGCGGAGGGGUGCUGGGAUUGCGGGCGGUGCCACGGUCGAUGCAGGAGAUGGUGGUGAGAGUGGUGGGGCGGGCGCUGGGGAGGGUGAGUGCGGACUGCAAGGCGCACUGCCAGGAGGAGGGCGAGUAUGUGCGCUCGCUGGGAGGGCUUCAUGUCAUCGGCACUGCUCUCAGCGAGUCAAGGCGAAUCGACAACCAGGUGAGAGAAGGUCCUUUGGUCUGCGGUAGCAGCGGUGCCGCAGUGAAGCAAGAGAUGGAGGUUCUGGAUUUGGGGAGUGCAGCUCCUUUGGUCGUCUGCACGAGUGCGGGCGGUGCUGAGGUUGAUGCAGGAGAUGGUGGUGAGAGUGGUGGGGCAGGCGCUGGGGCAGGUGAGGGUGGUGGUGGUGUGGGAAGGCUUAUUGCAGAGAGCGCUGGGGGGGGGAUGGGGAUUGCAAGGCGCACUGCCAGGAGGAGGGCGAGUAUGUGUGCUCUCUGGGGGGCCUUCAUGUCAUCGGCACUGCGCUCAGUGAAUCCAGGCGGAUUGACAAUCAGGCUCUCUGGAGAGGGUGCUGCGCUGGGGCGGGUGAGUGCGGACUGCAAGGCGGACUGCCAGGAGGAGGGCGAGUACGUGUGCUCGCUGGGGGGACUUCAUGUCAUGGGCACUUCUCUGAGCGAGUCUAGAAGAAUCGACAACCAGGUCGCCAGGGCGACCCUGGGUCAACACAGUUUAUCAUCAGACUCCUCUCGUUCCAUGUCCUUCACCCCAUCGCUGUACUCUGCACGCCCCCAUUCGCCCAUCCCUCCCCGAUUCGCCCGCCUCAACCAGUAUAGUAUGGAGGACGAUAUGAUGGGGGAGGUGCUACCAGACUCCUCUCCAUCCAUGCUGGAGCAGCUGUUAUGGCCACCUCUCUUCGCUGCUCCUCCUCUGCCUCACUCCCGACCCCCCUCCUCUCCCUCCUCCCCUUUCUCCCUCCCAACCAGUAUGGAGGACGAUAUGAUGAGGGAGGUACUACCGGACUCCUCUCGAGCCAUGUCCUUCCUUUACCCCAGUGCUAUCCCCUUCAAGUCAACCCCAUCUAUUACUAUCUUCUUCUCCCCUUUCUCCCUCCCAACCAGCAUGGAGGACGGUAUGAUGAGGGAGCAUGGAGGACGAUAUGAUGAGGGAGGUGCUGCCAGACUCCUCUCGAGCCAUGCUGGAGCAGCUGCUUUAGCCACCUCUCUUGCCUGCCGCUGCUCCCCUGCUCCUCCUCUCCCUCAAGCCCACAACCCCCUCCUUCCCCCCCUGCUUCGAAACCUACUCAGCAUGGAGGAUGAUAUGAUGAGGGAGGUGCUGCCAGACUCCUCUCGAGCCAUGCUGGAGCAGCUGCUGUACACGGGCGACUUUGAUGAGGGCUUUCCCCACAUGGCGCUCACGCUCGCUUUGGUGCAGACGCAGAAGACCAUCGAAGCUGCCAUGUUCGAGCGGCGGAGGCAAAUGCUUGACUACGAUCAGGUCUUUGAGCUGCAGCGCAAGCAUGUAUACGAGCUGAGAGAGUCCAUUCUGGAAGAGUCACCUGAAGUUCGACACACACGUGCACAACUGUACAUCCAAGCAGUGGUAGAUGAUGUGGUGAAGGAAAACUGCUCUCCCUCCAAGCCAGUGGCGUCAUGGCCCAUCGACACCUUGCUCAAGCGCCUUUCUCGCACCACUGGCAUAGACAUCUCCCAGUACGUGGAUGCCACCUCCCUCAGCUCCGCCCUUUCCCACUCCCCUCCACCGAACGCCGGCCACCGCUGGGACCUCAGAAAGCACCUCCCCCACGUCCUGCCUCCCCUGCCUGAGGUGCUGCCGGCUUUUGGGGUAGGCUCCAACUCUGCUGCUGCUGGUGCUGGUGCUGCUGCUGCUGCUGCUGCUGCUGCUGCUGCUGCUGCUGCUGCUGGUGCUGCUGCUGCUGCUGGUGCCGGUGGUGCGGCGGGUGCGGCUGCUGUUGGAAGUGCAAAUAAGAGGGAGGAGGAGGAGGAAGGGGGAGAGGCGGAAGCAAUGCGGGAGGAGCUGAGAUGGAGAGAGAUUCUUCGUGACUCUCCUGACCUGAGGGGCAGAUCAUCAAAGCACCUGGCAGCGCUGCGCAAGUACCUGGGAGACGUGGUGGUCACGAGCUACAGGGCCCACCUUGCUCUCUUCGUUGCAUCACCCCAGCAGAUGGAGUUCUUUGAGAGAGAGUCGCUGCUGUCGACACUGGACCGGCUGUGGAGCGUGCACAUCGCAAACAUGGCACGGCUGAGGAACGCGGUGAGCGUGCAGGGCUUUGGGAGAGAGAACCCACUAGAGGAGUUCAAGAUCGAGGGCACACGCUUCUUCAUCUCCACGCUCUUCGCCAUGCGGAGGGAGAGCGUGCAGGCGCUGCUCUCUGCUUUCCUGGCGGACACAGAGGGGGAAAUCGAUGGUGGUGGAGGGAAUGCGGUUGGGCACGCACACGCUUGCUUCUUCAUCUCCACGCUCUUCGCCAUGCGGAGGGAGAGCGUGCAGGCGCUGCUCUCUGCUUUCCUGGCGGACACAGAGGGGGAAAUUGAUGGUGGUGGUGGGAAUGUGGUGUAG